UGGGGGGAUCUGGACUCACGACCCCUCUAUUUCUCUUAGCUACAGCUCAUAGUAUUACAAUGAUUUGUUUUUUAUGUCUUUUCAAUCAAGUGUGUCGGAGAGACAGCUGCGUCUCUUCCAGCCUUCCUUUAUAUUAACGGUUAGUGGAGAUCAGGAACCACUGAGCAGAGAGAGAACAAAAGUGAAUCAAAAGUAACCAAAGCCUGUGCAGGAGCAGUGGGCGACUGAAAACUUAAACAAAAAUGGCUCUUAAUCUCAACACAGAAUAAAUAUUGUUACAUUAAAUAUAAAAUGUGAGGAAAUACUGCUGGUAUUGCUACUUUUUGCUCUUUAUCUAAUAUGAACCGGCUUUUUUUUUUUUUAAAUGAAUAACAUGAACCCUGGAGGUGCGAGGAACAGCUUAAAACAAGUUUGGAUUUACUCUUUGAGCCUCUGCUUGCUGUUAUGUGAUGGGAUUUAAAUUCUAUAACAGGUCAAAAGUCUCCUCUCCCACUGUCCCCUGGGCUGUUUGCUUACAUCAGUUCACAAGAAGUGGAGAUACAUCCAGGGGGGAGACUAUAAAGAGAGCAGAGCUGAGAGUGUAAGACGAGGCGCAAAAGGAAAACUUUAGAUCAAGAACAAACGAGCCAUGUUGAGGAUGAAGUGUGUUUCUGUCGCUGUCCUGCUGAGUCUUCUCUCUCUGGGAGACUCUGCUCCUCUGAGCAGCUGUGAGAGUCUGCUGAAACCCAUAACUAUCAGCAAUGAAAAUAUUAUGGGAAAGUGGCUGUACGUCGGGGGGAGUUCGGACCUCCCUGGAAGUCGCUCUCUGGGUCGUCUGUUGUCCAGUGUCUGGCUGGACAUCACUGCAACCUCUCAGAGCAACAUCCUCAACAUCAUUCAGACUCAAAGAAUAUAUGGAAAAUGUUGCAGCUUAGUAUUCAAUGUGACCUUUGAAAACAGCACGAUGGUAAUUGAACAACCUUUCUACCUGAAUGAGGUCUACCUGCCGACUGACUGCUCCGACUGUCUGGUUGUAUAUGAAGAAGUUAGCUCUGGCAGAGACACUUUCACCAGUCUCAUGCUUUUUAGCAAGAGACAGAGUGUCUCACCUGAUUUUGUGGAGAUGUUUAAGGCACAAGCAGAAUGUCUAGAGAUGCCGUCGCCCAUAAUGAUAGACACAGAUUACGAAAUCUGCCCAGACAACAUUGCGCCCUCAGAGGGGAUCAGCGCCCUCAACUCCUUAUUAGAGGCAAAGAUUGGACAUCGGGUUGCAAAACUCCUGGAUGCUUUUUUUGAUGCGUUUGUGAACUGAUUUUGAAUUAGCUUUGUAUGAGAAAGUAUAUAUUUUCUUUCCUGAUAUAGACAAGUAUUUCAUAAGAAUUGAAUAAAGUAAGAUGGAGGAACUGC